CACUGGUUUACCGAACUCCCUCCUGUCUUGACAUUUGAACUGUCAAGAUUUGAGUUCAACCAAGCUUUGGGUCGACCUGAGAAGAUCCACAACAAGCUGGAGUUCCACUCCAUGCUGUACAUGGACAGGUAAGGAAACCUCCAACACACCUACCAGUCCAGCUGUACCUAAGGGAAAAUGUAUAAAUUUAACAGGUGUAAGCAGCUAAGAUUAACUCUUAUUCACAUAACAUAGAGUGGCUUGUGAAAGUAUUCACCCCCCUUGUCAUUUUUCCUAUUUUGUUGCCGUACAACCUGGAAUUAAAAUGUAUUUUUGGUGGGUUUGUAUCAUUUGAUUUACACAACAUGCCUACCACUUUGAAGAUGCAAAAUAUUUUUUGGGGUGAAACCAACAAGAAAUAAGAACAAAAAUCAGAACUUGACAGGCUGCUGGCGGGACCUUUUGGAGCGCCAGUUGAGGUGCUGCGGGGCCCGGGGGGGACCACCAGGUUAGAGGCAGCAGCCACGCGGUGUGUGCGUUUGUGUAGCCUGUGCAGAGGGAGAGAACAGGGAUAGCAGAGGCAUAGUUGACAGGCUGUAGCAAAUGGCUACAAAAAUGCAGAGGAGAUCGGAAUGAAAUAGCUAAGCAUCUGGGAGCGGAGAGAGCAGGGCCCCCCUCACCAAAAACUUCUCCCCUCAGAAACUAAAAUUGUUUCACUGAACCACCCGAACAAAAACUCUCCCCAACUUCCACCUUUAGAAAUCAAAUUUUUUGUGAACCACACGGUUCAAUGUUUAAAGGAAUAGACUCAACCCACUUUAUUCAACUAUGACACCAUAGCUAACUACAAGCUAGCAUCCCAAUAACAAAACACAACCGUAUAGCACCAACCUUGGUCACAACAAACCACCAAUAGUGUGAUAACACACUAAACAGAUCAUUCGUGUCUGUGUCAAGUUCCUUUCAUGACGCAGCAAUGAUUAGACGUUGGCUAGCUAGGACAAGUAUAUUGUAUUUAGCUACUACCGUACAGUUAGCUGGUCGUGUUGGGUAGCUAGCAAUGGCCACUGUGUUGACUUUGUUUGAAGAACGGCUAGCUAGCUAGCUUCGUGCUACACCCGGCACACAAUGGCUAUUGUGUUGACUCUGACUCUGUUCGAAAAAACGGCUAGGUAGCUCGCUUCGUGCUACAGCCGGCACUGCCAAGACACAGUAACUACCCACAACAACCCACGAUGCCUAGCUAUGACGCCGUAGCUAACUUGCAAGCUAGCAUCCAUUAACACCCAAUUUAGCAUCAAUACUUGGUUACAACAAACUGCCAAGAGUGUGUUAGCACACUAAACAGAUAAUUCAAGUCCGUGUCUAGUUCCUUUCAUAACGCAUAACGCAGCAAAAAUUAAACGAUGGCUAGGACUACAUUAACAUUGGAAACAGCUCUCCAGCGUUGCUAAUCGAUACCAGUAGCUACCCGCUAGCUAGCUAGCCUCGUGCUUCGAUACUAACCUACAAUUACCUACGGAAACCUACAAUAACAACAAUACUAACCUAUAAUAAAUACAAUACCUAACUACAGCUAACUACCUACCUACGAUCUAAUACAUGGUUAAGCUUUACUCAACACCAUAUGAGAAGCUUACCUCCUGCUUACCUCCAGCUAGAGAAAAACACGACCUCUCCCGACGACCUCUCCAGCUCCAGCUAUUAGCCACAGCUAGCGGUGUUUCACCCAGAACAUUGGAUUUUUUUCCGCGGGAUUAAUUUUAAUCACUGGACAUUGAUCACCGGAUAUUCGGCCAGUCUGCACAGCGCGUUAUCGACCCAGAACAUAUCAGUUUUUCCGCCUGAAUCACUGAAUCACUGGACCUUUAACUCCGGAUUCAUCGCUACCAGCUAGCUACCACCAGCCAGCUACAACAAAACGGACGCUGUGGUCUGGCUAAUCAUCCUGAGCUAGGCCCAUCGCCCAUCUCCCGGCUAUCUACCUCUCUGUCAACCGGACGGGACCACCUAGUGUUGACACGGAGCCCCGCCGAUCCUACACGACUGGUCUGCCGACGAAAUCGUCUGAUGUGGUUACGACGUUAACCACGAAGAUUCCAUCCAUCUGCUAGCCCUGGCCCGCUAGCACACGCUAGCCGUGGCCUCUUACUAGUGCUUCACCACCGGACCUUAUGAUAACUCAGCUAUACAGCUGAUAUCUGCUGGACUGUUCCUUUUUACGGUACUACAUCCUGUUUAUGUUUAGCCUCAGCCCAAACAUGGUUAGUUUAUUGUUGUUUCGGUUAUUUCUAAUUGUAGUAUAUCACUGUAGACCCCCCAGCCUAGCUAAACCUGCCUUAGAUAGCUCCUUUGCACCUUCCCCUAUACAUACAUACACACACACACACCAUCAAUGCCUGCUUGGAAUAAUGACAUAAAUAAUAUUGGAUAGAGGCUAGUGCUGAGCGAUUUAGUGAUUUUUGAGGUCUGUUCAAUUCUUUUAAAAAUAAUCAGUUUUGAUCAUUUUUCUUCAACAUUAAAUGCACUAUGCAUUAUGUGGGUUGACUGCUGUAACAACACAGAGUAAAACAAGUAAUAAAAGUCCCAUGAAUUGUAGUGCCUGCCGAUUUUACUGCUUAUCACUUAUUAACCAUUUAUUCACAUUAUUUAAAAAAACAUAUUUCAGUUGUGUAUAUUACUUUUUUUUAUUACUUUAUUAUUUCAUUACAAGUCAUCUCAUCUCUAUAGAGCUGUUGCCUAUGCUGUGUGACACUCACUAUUUUAGUAGGCCUAGUUCUUCAAAGUAAAUAACAUACUUUUAUGACUGCUGAAUACCAACUAUCAGGGCGGCAGGUAGCUUAGUGGGUAAGAGCGUUGUGCCAGUAACCGAAAGGUCGCUGGUUCUAAUCCCCGAGCCGACUAGGUGAAAAAUCUGUCGAUGUGCCCUUAAGCAAGGCACUUAACCCUAAUUGCUCAUGUAAGUCGCUCUGGAUAAGAGCGUCUGCUAAAUGACUAAAAUGUAAUGUAAAAAUGUAAUCACUUAGAAAUAAUUCUCUCUACUAUUAUUCUGACAUUUCAGGUAGAGAUACCUCAUGAAGCAACUGCGCUCUAUCCCUCUCGAUUGCGCAUUCUUCUCUCCUUCUCGGUGUCUGCUUCACACUAACCUAACAUAGCAGGAGUAAAAGAAACACAGACCGGACAUGUAGGCUCUCAAUGGAUUAUGAUCAUUAUAGCGCAGAAAACGUGCUAAUUGUGUAGAAUAUUGGCCUGCUGGAAAGUACAACUCCUUACUACAUCGCACAGUUCAAGCUUGAUCUGAUUUAUCUCUAGGGAAACUGCUCAAUGUGUGCAUUGAGCUCACAGAAGAAAAAAAACAGAACUAAAUGGAAUUCAAAUAAUUGAACCGACAUAGGUCAAUUAGUUGUUUAAAAAAAUGAAAAAUAGCUUACAUUUCGAUUUAAUAACUCAGCACUACUAGAAGCACAACAAUUUUAGUGGAACAGGCGUGAGUCGUGUAGGAAUUAUUUCAAAACACGCUACACAAAACUACUAAUUCCAUAGAUGGCGAAAUUUAAAAAUGUGUUUAUGGAAACCACAUGACUCAUAUGACCAAUUAGAAAACAAACUAAAUUGAAAGCCAAUUUUGGAAUUUCUUUCAGCACUGGUUUACCGAACUCCCUCCUGUCUUGACAUUUGAACUGUCAAGAUUUGAGUUCAACCAAGCUUUGGGUCGACCUGAGAAGAUCCACAACAAGCUGGAGUUCCACUCCAUGCUGUACAUGGACAGGUAAGGAAACCUCCAACACACCUACCAGUCCAGCUGUACCUAAGGGAAAAUGUAUAAAUUUAACAGGUGUAAGCAGCUAAGAUUAACUCUUAUUCACAUAACAUAGAGUGGCUUGUGAAAGUAUUCACCCCCCUUGUCAUUUUUCCUAUUUUGUUGCCGUACAACCUGGAAUUAAAAUGUAUUUUUGGUGGGUUUGUAUCAUUUGAUUUACACAACAUGCCUACCACUUUGAAGAUGCAAAAUAUUUUUUGGGGUGAAACAAACAAGAAAUAAGACAAAAAAUCAGAACUUGAGCGUGCAUAACUAUUCACCCCGCCCAAAGUCAAUACUUUGUAGAGCCACCUUUUGCAGCAAUUACAGCUGCAAGUCUCAUGGGGUAUGUCUCUAUAAGCUUGGCACAUCUAGCCACUGGGAUUUUUGCCCGUUCUUCAAGGCAAAACUGCUCCAGCUCCUUCAAGUUGGAUGGGUUCCGCUGGUGUACAGCAAUCUUUAAGUCCUACCACAGAUUUUCAAUUGAGGUCUGGGCUUUGACUAGGCCAUUCCAAGACAUUUACAUGUUUCCCCUUAAACCACUCAAGUGUUGCUUUAGCAGUAUGCUUAGGGUCAUUGUCCUGCUGGAAGGUGAACCUCCGUCCCAGUCUCAAAUUUCUGGAAGACUGAAACAGGUUUCCCUCAAGAAUUUCCCAGUAUUUAGCACCAUCCAUCAAUCCUUCAAUUCUGACCAGUUUCCCAGUCCCUGCCAAUGGAAAAACAUCCCCACUGCAUGAUGCUGCCACCACCGUGAUUCACUGUGGGGAUGGUGUUCUUGGGGUGAUGAGAGGUGUUGGGUUUGCGCCAGACAUACAGUUGAAGUCGGACGUUUACAUACACCUUAGCCAAAUACAUUUAAACUCAGUUUUUCACAAUUCCUGACAUUUAAUCCUAGUAAUAAUUCCCUGUCUUAGGUAAGUUAGGUUUACCACUUUAUUUUAAGAAUGUGAAAUGUCAGAAUAAUAGUAGAGAGAAUUAUUUCUUUCAGCUUUUAUUUCUUUCAGCACAUUCCCAGUGGGUCAGAAGUUUACAUACACUCAAUUAGUAUUUGGUAGCAUUGCCUUUAAAUUGUUUAACUUGGGUCAAACAUUUUGGGUAGCCUUCCACAAGCUUCCCACAAUAAGUUGGGGGAAUUUUGGCCCAUUCCUCCUGACAGAGCUGGUCUAACUGAGUCAGGUUUGUAGGCCUCCUUGCUCGCACACGCUUUUUCAGUUCUGCCCACAAAUUUUCAAUAGGAUUGAGGUCAGGGCUUUUGUGAUGGCCAAUCCAAUACCUUGACUUUGUUGUCCUUAAGCCAUUUUGGCACAACUUUGGAGGUAUGCUUGGGGUCAUUGUCCAUUUGGAAGACCCAUUUGCGACCAAGCUUUAAUUUCCUGACUGAUGUCUUGUGAUGUUGCUUCAAUAUUUCCACAUAUUUUUCCUUCCUCAUGAUGCCAUCUAUUUUGUGAAGUGCACCAGUCCCUCCUGCAGCAAAGCACCCCCACAGCAUGAUGCUGCCACCCCCGUGCUUCAUGGUUGGGAUGGUGUUCUUCGGCUUGCAAGCAACCCCCUUUUUCCUACAAACAUAACAAUGGUCAUUAUGGCCAAACAGUUCUAUUUUUGUUUCAUCAGACCAGAGGACAUUUCUCCAAAAAGAACGAUCUUUGUCCCCAUGUGCAGUUGCAAACCAUAGUCUGGCUUUUGUAUGGCGAUGUUGGCGCAGUGGCUUCUUCCUUGCUGAGCGGCCUUUCAGGUUAUGUCGAUAUAGUACUCGUUUUACUGUGGAUAUAGAUACUUUUGUACCUGUUUCCUCCAGCAUCUUCACAAGGUCCUUUUGCUGUUCUGGGAUUGAUUUGCACUUUUCUCACCAAAGUAUGUUCAUCUCUAGGAGACAGAACGCGUCUCCUUCCUGAGCGGUAUGAGGGCUGCGUGGUCCCAUGGUGUUUAUACUUGCAUACUAUUGUUUGUACAGAUGAACGUGGUACCUUCAGGCAUUUGGAAAUUGCUCCCAAGGAUGAACCAGACUUGUGGAGGUCUACUUGGCUGAUUUUCUUUUGAUUUUCCCAUGAUGUCAAGCAAAGAGGCACUGAGUUUGAAGGUAGGCCUUGAAAUACAUCCACAGGUACACCUCCAAUUGACUCAAAUGAUGUCAGUUAGCCUAUGAGAAGCUUCUAAAGCCAUGACAUCAUUUUCUGGAAUUUUCCAGGCUGUUUAAAGGCACAGUCAACUUAGUGUAUAAACUUUUGACCCACUGGAAUUGUGAUACGGUGAAUUAUAAGUGAAAUAAUCUGUCUGUAAACAAUUGUUGGAAAAAUUACUUGUCAUGCACAAAGUAGAUAACCAACUUGCCAAAACUAUAGUUUGUUAACAAGACAUUUGUGGAGUGGUUGAAAAACAAGUUUUAAUGACUUAAACCUAAGUGUAUGUAAACUUCCGACUUCAACUGUAGCGUUUUCCUUGAUGGCCAAAAAGCUCAAUUUUAGUCUCAUCUGACCAGAGUACCUUCUUCCAUGUGUUUGGGGAGUCUCCCACAUGCCUUUUGGCGAACACCAAACGUGUUUGCUUAUUUUUUUCUUUAAGCAGUGGCUUUUUUCUGGCCACUCUUCCAUAAAGCCCAGCUCUGUGGAGUGUACGGCUUAAAGUGGCCCUAUGGACAGAUACUCCAAUCAGCUCCUUCAGGGUUAUCUUUGGUCUCUGUUGCCCCUCUGAUUAAUGCCCUCCUUGCCUGGUCUGUGAGUUUUGGUGGGCGGCCCUCACUUGGCAGGUUUGUUGUGGUGCCAAAUUCUUUCCAUUUUUUAAUAAUGGAUUUAAUGGUACUCCAUGGGAUGUUCAAAGUUUCUGAUAUUUUUGUAUAACCCAACCCUGAUCUGUACUUCUCCACAACUUUGUCCCUGACUUGUUUGGAGAGCUCCUUGGUCUUCAUGGUGCCGUUUGCUUGGUGGUGCCCCUUUCUUAGUGGUGUUGCAGACUCUGGGGCCUUUCAGAACAGGUUUGUGUAUAUACUGAGAUCAUGUGACAGAUCAUGUGACACUUAGAUUGCACACAGGUAGACUUUAUUUAACUAAUUAUGUGACUUCUGAUGGUAAUUGGUUGCAUCAGAUCUUAUUUAGGGGCUUCAUAGCAAAGUGAAUACAUAUGCACGCACCACUUUUCCGUAAUUUAUUUUUUAGAAUUUUUUGAAACAAGUAAUUUAUUUCAUUUCACGAAUUUGGACUAUUUUGUGUAUGUCCAUUACAUGAAAUCCAAAUAAAAAUCCAUUUAUAUUACAGGUUGUAAUGCAACAAAAUAGGAAAAACGCCAAGGUGGAUGAAUACUUUUGCAAGGCACUGUAGCUUAAAUAACAUAUUAUUUUGAUUUUUGGGGUUUCCUGGGCUCCUUCCAAAUUUAAGGGGCUUGAUAAAAAAUACUUUCAAUUGAUAGUUUACAUUGAGCAUGGGUUGUGGUCCUUAAUCUGGGAUACCCGCCCAUAGUUUUCCAAGGAAUUUAUCUGAUUUCUGUUGUGUUUUGACAGGUAUAUGGACAGGAAUCGAGAGAUCACCAGGAUUAAACGGGAGGAGAUCAGGAGACUGAAAGAGCACCUGACUCUACUCCAACAGCGUCUGGAGAGGUGGGCUGGGCUGCUACACACACACAUCUGUUUACUCUCUUAGGUUGAUCAACUAUCAAAGGGAUGGUGUUCAUAUAUACCAUAUCUGUUCUUCUUCUAACCAAGUAUCUCGCUUUGCUUUUGCUCUACUCUUUCACUGAAAGAUGCGUUCUCAUUCUCAGUAUGGUUUGUCAUCCUCUCUUUGUUCUGCACUCUCUGUCUCUCUGUGUGUGUGUCCCCCAGGUAUCUGAGCUAUGGCUCCGGCCCCAAGAGGUUUCCUCUGGCAGAUGUCCUGCAGUACGCCAUGGAGUUUGCCUCCAGUAAGCCAGUCUGCACCUCUCCUGUGGGGGACAUAGACACAUCAGCACCCCCUGGUGGCACAACAGGGCAGCUGCUGCCCGCUCCAAGGCAAGUCAUAAAACACAGGGCAUGCCACACUCUGUCUCCCUGUGUCAGGAUUUAAGUGUUCAUGUGUGCAUGUUUCUGAUUUUUCUUUUGUCUGCAAAUCUGUCUGAUUGAGCUGUUGAAUGAGUGUGAUUCAGAAGUACCGAGUGGUGGUUUUGACUUCUUCACACUCGCCUGACAUUACAGCACAGCCGAACAGAGUCCCUCCUCUACCCCUUCAGAGGGUUUGGCCCCCACCUCGGGUCCCACCCCAGCCCCCUCCACCCAGCAGAGAGUGCCUAUCCACAAGCCCUUCACCCAGUCCCGACUGCCCCCUGACUUGCCCAUGCACCCGGCCCCACGCCACAUCACUGAGGAGGAGCUCAGGGUGCUGGAGGUCUGCCUGCACCGCUGGAGGAGUGAGGUGGAAAACGACACCAGCGGUUCGUAUGGCACCUCUGACCUCAUACAGCCUUGUGUAUAAUACAGCAUCUUGGGUUUACCUCUGUAUGUCUCUUAUGCUCUCACGCACAAAAAAAUAUGAAUUCUAAUGAUGGGUUGAUUUUGCUUCUACAGAUCUUCAGGGCAGUAUAUCCAGAAUCCACAGAACCAUCGAGAUGAUGUACUCUGACAAGUCCAUGAUGCAGGUAAAAGAUGCCCUGACUAAACCUGACGAUACACCUUCACACAAAUACCAUACAUUGUCAUUGGCUGUAAUACAAAUCAUCAAAUGAAUGAUGCACUAUCAUCUUGAUUUGAGAGCACUCACAUUUUUCCAUGACCAGUGUUAACUCAAGGGAUGGUCAUUCAUUGUCUCCUGCUGUCUCCCAGGUUCCGUACCGGCUGCAUGCGGUGUUGGUGCACGAGGGCCAGGCCAAUGCGGGCCACUACUGGGCUUACAUCUACAACCCCCACCAGCGGCGCUGGAUGAAAUACAACGACAUCUCGGUCACCAAGUCCUCCUGGGAGGAGCUGGUCAGGGACUCUUUCGGAGGCUACCGCAACGCCAGCGCCUACUGCCUCAUGUACAUCAACGACAAGAAGCCCUUCCUCAUAGAAGGUAGAAUCAGCAUUAUUAUCCCAUAGCUUUAUUUUGACCUUGCCUUUCUUAUGGUAUACUGGAGCUUUGUUUUCUUCUUUCAUGUGAUCAUCAUUAACCAUGACCACUGUCCUCAGAGUAUGUGAUGAGGACAUGCCAUGUGCAAGGUAGUUGGUUAUUGUUAAGAUCUGUUUGUGCUGCACUUGGACAGGAUGUUCCACUACUAAGCGUCAUCCGAGUGGCGCAGUGGUCUAAGGCACUGCAUCGCAGUGCUAGCUGUGCCACUAGAGAUCCUGGUUAGAAUCCAGGCUCUGUCGUAGCCGGCCGCGACCGGGAGACCCAUGGGGCGGCGCACAAUUGGCCCAGCGUCGUCCAGGGUAGGGGAGGGAAUGGCCGGCAGGGAUAUUGGUAGAGCAUGGCGUUUGCAACGCCAGGGUUGUGGGUUCGAUUCCCACGGGGGGCCAGUAUGGAAAAAAAUAUAUAAUGUAUGCAGUCACUAACUGUAAGUCGCUCUGGAUAAGAGCGUCUGCUAAAUGACUAAAAUGUAAAUGUAAAAUGUAAGCAUGUGUGUAUAUAUACCCAUAUUUACUAUCUGAUUGCCUGGUUGUGUGUGCAGAGGAGUUUGAUAAGGAGACGGGCCAGAUGCUGAGUGGUCUGGAUAAGCUCCCCCCGGACCUGAAGGCCUACGUGAAUGAGGACAACGGCCUGUUUGACAAGGAGAUGGAGGAAUGGGACACACUGCAGGCACGUAAGGCCCAGCAGGAGAAGCUGGCCCUGGCUGUGGCCGCUGCCGCAACAGCUGCAGCAGCAGAAACAGCAGAAACAACAACAUCCCCUCAGCCUAUGAGCACAGAGCCCAGUACACCAGACAACUCAGGUGAGGGCCAAGGCAUGGUCACCUAUUCCAUUUAAACACUGCUGAGCAGUGCUGACUAGUGAUGGGAAGGUUGGCUCUUUUGACUCAGAUCUUUUCAACUCUUCAAUCAAAAGAGCGAAUCGUUCAACUAAGUUUGUUAAUUGGAUUCAGUAAUGCUCAGAGCACGCAGGACCCCCUACCAGCUAACGAUUAACUAAAAACUCGAAAGAAUCAAGAUUCUACAUAGAGCCCGACCGAUAUAGAAUUUAUGGGUCCGAUACCAAUUUUAGGGAGGCAACAGUCACCGAUUACCGAUAUACAGUACCAGUCAAAAGUUUGGACGCACCUACUCAUUCAAUGGUUUUUCUUUAUUUUUACUAUUUUCUACAUUGUAGAAUAAUAGUGAAGACAUCAAAACUAUGAAAUAACACAUAUGGAAUCAUGUAGUAACCAAAAAAGUGUUAAACAAAUCAAAAUAUAUUUUACAUUUGAGAUUCUUCAAAGUAGCCACCCUUUGCUUUGAUGACAGCUUUGCAACACUCUUGGCAUUCUCUCAACCAGCUUCAUGGUCCCAUAUUUUUUAUGAACUGAAAUAAAAUAUCCCAGAAAUGUUCCAUAGGCACAAAAGCUUAUUUAUCUAAAAUGUUGUGCUCACAUUUGUUUACAUCCCUGUUAUUGAGCGUUUCUCCUUUGCCAAGAUAAUCCAUCCAUGUGACAGGUGUGGCAUAUCAAGAAGUUUAUUAAACAGCAUGAUCAUUACAUAGGUGUAUCUUGUGCUGGGGAAAAUAAAAGGCCACUCUAAAAUGUGCUGUUUUUUCACACAACACAGUGCCACAGAUAUCUCAAGUUUUGAGGGAGGGCACAAUUGGCAUGCUGACUGUAGGAAUGUCCACCAGGGCUGUUGCCAGAUAAUUCAAUGUUAAAUUCUCUACCAUAAGCUGCCUCCAACGUCGUUUUAGAGAAUUUGGCAGAACGUCCAACCGACCUCACAACCGUAGACCUUGUGUAUGGCAUUGUGUGGGCGAGUGGUUUGCUGAAGUCAACGUUGUGAACAGAGUGCCCCAUGGUGGCGGUGGGGUUAUGGCAGGCAUAAGCUACGGACAACGAACACAAUUGCAUUUUAUCAAUGACAAUUUGAAUGCACAGAGAUACCGUGACGAGAUCCUGAGGCACAUUGUCGUGCCAUUCAUCCGCCGCCAUUACCUCAUGUUUCAGCAUAAUAAUGCACGGCCCCAUGUCGCAAGGAUCUGUACGCAAUUCCUUGAAUUUGAAAAUGUCCCAGUUCUUCCAUGACCUGCAUACUCACCAGACUUGUCACCCAUUGAGCAUGUUUGGGAUGCUCUGGAUCGACGUGUACGACAGCAUGUUCCAGUUCCCGCCAAUAUCCAGCAACUUCGCACAGCCAUUGAAGACGAGUGGGACAACAUUCCAUAGGCCACAAUCAACAGCCUGAUCAACUCUAUGUGAAGGAGAUGUCGCGCUGCAUGAGGCGCAUGGCGGUCACACCAGAUACUGACUGGUUUUCUGAUCCACACCCAUGCCUUUCUUUCUUUAUUUUUAAGAUAUCUGUGACCAACCGAUGCAUAUCUAUAUACCCAGUCAUGUGAAAUUCAUAGAUUAGGGCCUAAUGAAUUCAUUUCAAUUGACGGAUUUCCUCAUAUGAACUGUAACUCAGUAAAAUCUGUGACAUUGUUGCAUGUUACGUUUAUAAUUUUGUUCAGUGUAAAUAAGCCCACUAACAUAAUAGGCCCAGACUGUAACAGUGUUAUUUUUGUAUCAAGGAUGAGCCUGUGUUCACUUUGGCACCAGUCCAGUGUUCACACAUAAGUAAUAAUCAGUUGGACGGGCCUUUUAACGGGACCUCAUGUGUGCACGUGCUUGCGCGUUUAUAUAUAUAUAUAUAUAUAUAUAUAUAUAUAUAUAUAUAUAUAUAUAUAUAUAUAUAUAUAUAUAUAUAUAUAUAUAUAUAUAUAUAUACACACACACACACACACAGUGGCGGAAAAAAGUAUUUAGUCAGCCACCAAUUGUGCAAGUUCUCCCACUUAAAAAGAUGAGAGAGGCCUGUCAUUUUCAUCAUAGGUACACGUCAACUAAUGACAGACAAAAUGAGAAAAAAAGAAUCCAGAAAAUCACAUUGUAGGAUUUUUAAUGAAUUUAUUUGCAAAUUGUGGUGGAAAAUAAGUAUUUGGUCAAUAACAAAAGUUUCUCAAUACUUUGUUAUAUACCCUUUGUUGGCAAUGACACAGGUCAAAUGUUUUCUGUAAGUCUUCACAAGGUUUUCACACACUGUUGCUGGUAUUUUGGCCCAUUCCUCCAUGCAGAUCUCUCCUAGAGCAGUGAUGUUUUGGGGCUGUCGCUGGGCAACACGGACUUACAACUCCCUCCAAAGAUUUUCUAUGGGGUUGAGAUCUGGAGACUGGCUAGGCCACUCCAGGACCUUGAAAUGCUUCUUAUGAAGCCACUCCUUCGUUGCCCGGGCGGUGUGUUUGGGAUCAUUGUCAUGCUGAAAGACCCAGCCACGUUUCUUCUUCAAUGCCCUUGCUGAUGGAAGGAGGUUUUCACUCAAAAUCUCACAAUACAUGGCCCCAUUCAUUCUUUCCUUUACACGGAUCAGUCGUCCUGGUCCCUUUGCAGAAAAACAGCCCCAAAUCAUGAUGUUUCCACCCCCAUGCUUCACAGUAGGUAUGGUGUUCUUUGGAUGCAACUCAUCAUUCUUUGUCCUCCAAACACGACGAGUUGAGUUUUCACCAAAAAGUUAUAUUUUGGUUUCAUCUGACCAUAUGACAUUCUCCUAAUCCUCUUCUGGAUCAUCCAAAUGCACUCUAGCAAACUUCAGACGAGCCUGGACAUGUACUGGCUUAAGCAGGGGGACACGUCUGGCACUGCAGGAUUUGAGUCCCUGGCGGCGUAGUGUGUUACUGAUGGUAGGCUUUGUUACUUUGGUUCCAGCUCUCUGCAGGUCAUUCACUAGGUCCCCCGUGUGGUUCUGGGAUUUUUGCUCACCGUUCUUGUGAUCAUUUUGACCCAACGGGGUGAGAUCUUGCGUGGAGCCCCAGAUCGAGGGAGAUUAUCAGUGGUCUUGUAUGUCUUCCAUUUCCUAAUAAUUGCUCCCACAGUUGAUUUCUUCAAACCAAGCUGCUUACCUAUUGCAGAUUCAGUCUUCCCAGCCUGGUGCAGGUCUACAAUUUUGUUUCUGGUGUCCUUUGACAGCUCUUUGGUCUUGGCCAUAGUGGAGUUUGGAGUGUGACUGUUUGAGGUUGUGGACAGGUGUCUUUUAUACUGAUAACAAGUUCAAACAGGUGCCAUUAAUACAGGUAACGAGUGGAGGACAGAGGAGGCUCUUAAAGAAGAAGUUACAGGUCUGUGAGAGCCAGAAAUCUUGCUUGUUUGUAGGUGACCAAAUACUUAUUUUCCACCAUAAUUUGCAAAUAAAUUCAUAAAAAAUCCUACAAUGUGAUUUUCAGGAUUUUUUUUUCUCAAUUUGUCUGUUAUAGUUGACGUGUACCUAUGAUGAAAAUUAAAGGCCUCUCUCAUCUUUUUAAGUGGGAGAACCUGCACAAUUGGUGGCUGACUAAAUACUUUUUUUCCCCACUGUAUAUAAAAACAUUCAAAAUACCUCACCAGAGAGCAUGACUUAGCCACAGAGAAUCAUUAGCUUAUUAUUUUUGUGUUGCUGUGGAUUGUUUCAUGUCCCAAGUGUGUAGGCCUAUGCCUAUUUGGGAAUCCCGCAAUUUGGGCAGCGCACGUGGCAAUAUGUCUAGCUGAUUGAGUUGCGGCUGUCAGUGAAAAGCAUCUAAAAUAUGUGUGAUGAUAAUGUGUCUUGAGCAGGGGCGCAACUUUCACUGAGGACAUACAGUGGUGAAAAAAAGUAUUUAGUCAGCCAACAAUUGUACAAGUUCUCCCACUUAAAACAAUGAGAGAGGCCUGUAAUUUUCAUCAUAGGUACACGUCAACUAUGACAGACAAAUUGAGAAAGAAAAUCCAGAAAAUCACAUUGUAGGAUUUUUAAUGAAUUUAUUUGCAAAUUAUGGUGGAAAAUAAGUAUUUGGUCACCUACAAACAAGCAAGAUUUCUGUCUCUCACAGACCUGUAACUUCUUCUUUAAGAGGCUCCUCUGUCCUCCACUCGUUACCUGUAUUAAUGGCACCUGUUUGAACUUGUUAUCAGUAUAAAAGACACCUGUCCACAACCUCAAACAGUCACACUCCAAACUCCACUAUGGCCAAGACCAAAGAGCUGUCAAAGGACACCAGAAACAAAAUUGUAGACCUGCACCAGGCUGGGAAGACUGAAUAUGCAAUAGGUAAGCAGCUUGGUUUGAAGAAAUCAACUGUGGAAGCAAUUAUUAGGAAAUGGAAGACAUACAAGACCACUGAUAAUCUCCCUCGAUCUGGGGCUCCACGCAAGAUCUCACCCCGUGGGGUCAAAAUGAUCACAAGAACGGUGAGCAAAAAUCCCAGAACCACACGGGGGGACCUAGUGAAUAACCUGCAGAGAGCUGGGACCAAAGUAACAAAGCCUACCAUCAGUAACACACUACGCCGCCAGGGACUCAAAUCCUGCAGUGCCAGACGUGUCCCCCUGCUUAAGCCAGUACAUGUCCAGGCCUGUCUGAAGUUUGCUAGAGUGCAUUUGGAUGAUCCAGAAGAGGAUUGGGAGAAUGUCAUAUGGUCAGAUGAAACCAAAAUAUAACUUUUUGGUAAAAACUCAACUCGUCGUGUUUGGAGGACAAAGAAUGCUGAGUUGCAUCCAAAGAACACCAUACCCACUGUCAAGCAUGGGGGUGGAAACAUCAUGCUUUGGGGCUGUUUUUCUGCAAAGGGACCAGAACAACUGAUCCGUGUAAAGGAAAGAAUGAAUGGGGCCAUGGCUGGGUCUUUCAGCAUGACAAUGAUCCCAAACACACCGCCCGGGCAACGAAGGAGUGGCUUCGUAAGAAGCAUUUCAAGGUCCUGGAGUGGCCUAGCCAGUCUCCAGAUCUCAACCCCAUAGAAAAUCUUUGGAGGGAGUUGAAAGUCCGUGUUGCCCAGCGACAGCCCCAAAACAUCACUGCUCUAGAGGAGAUCUGCAUGGAGGAAUGGGCCAAAAUACUAGCAACAGUGUGUGAAAACCUUGUGAAGACUUACAGAAAACGUUUGACCUGUGUCAUUGCCAACAAAGGGUAUAUAACAAAGUAUUGAGAAACUUUUGUUAUUGACCAAAUACUUAUUUUCCAUCAUAAUUUGCAAAUAAAUUCAUGAAAAAUCCUACAAUGUGAUUUCCUGGAGAGAAAAAAAAUCUCAUUUUGUCUGUCAUAUUUGACGUGUACCUAUGAUGAAAAUUACAGGCCUUUCUAAUCUUUGUAAGUGGGAGAACUUGCACAAUUGGUGGCUGACUAAAUACUUUUUUUCCCCACUGUAUAUUAUAUAAUUUUGGCAAAACAUAAAUUUACUUGUAAGGAAGCCAGCAUCCUAACAGUGCACCCGCCAACUUUCCUUUCCAAUUGGCAAGCGUCGGAAACCAGAGAGCUUUAUAAUGACGAGAUGCUCAUGUCGCCGCCCUAACAAUGGGAGUCAUUGUCCCUAAAGCAGGAAGACAAGCUUAGGUCUGCAUAUUUUGCCCAUAGAAACGCAUUGGGCUUAUUCUGGACAGAUUGUGGCGAGAAUGAGCCCUCUCGCGUCGCCUCUUCCUCUCUGCUGAAACACUCUCACCGGAGAAAGCAUCCGAGUGAGCGAAACAGCACCCCUCUGUCUUACUUUAUGUAGCCUAUGUAUCUGAUGCUGUCUGGACAUAAAUAGUAUGACAUGCCAUACUCUUUUGGUCCAGACAGCAUCAGAUACAUUGUUGUAAGUCAGGUGAAAAUAAUUAGAGAUGAGUCUCAGCUAAAUCAAAUGAAAUUGUAUUUGUCACAUGCGCCGAAUACAACAUGUGUAGACCUUACCGUGAAAUGCUUACUUAUGAGCCCUUAACCAACAAUGCAGUUUUAAGAAAAUAGAGUUGAGAAAAUAUUUACUAAAUAAAAUAAAAGUAACACAAAAUAACAGUAACGAGGCUAUAUACAGGGGGUACUGGUACCGAGUCAAUGUGCAGCGGUACAGGUUAGUCGAGGUUAUUUUUACAUGUAGUUAGGGGUAAAGUGAUUAUGCAUAGAUAGUGAACAGCGAGUAGCAGCAGUGUAAAACAAAAGGGGGGGGUCAAUGUAAAUAGUCCGGGUGCCCAUGACUGUCGAGUCAGUAAAAAGAGUAGUUCAAAAAGAACAAAAAAUUUGCGAACUGAACAUCACUAGUGCUGAUCUGGAUAUGCAUCCACCAUAGUUGCUGGAAGUGUAAAAAUAACAUUUCCAGGCCAGCAGAGUUUGGGCAAAAAUUAUAUUAGACAGGUAGACUUAUGACAUUUAUGCUUUGUUGGUUUAUGUGUUUGUCUGUGUGUGGUUCCUCCAGCUCCACAGCAGGACCCAGAGUACAUGGAGCAGCCGUCCCCCACAGACGACUCCAAGCACCUGCAGGAGGACACAGAGAGGGCCAUCUCCAAGGCUGCAGCCGAGCAGCAGCAGCAGGAGAGGAGCCCUGAGGGACUGCUUACUGCAGUAAGACCAUACAGCACAGCACAUACAGUGAGGGAAAAAAGUAUUUGAUCCUCUGCUGAUUUUGUACGUUUGCCCACUGACAAAGACAUGAUCAGUCUAUAAUUUUAAUGGUAGGUUUAUUUGAACAGUGAGAGACAGAAUAACAACAAAAAAGUCCAGAAAAAUGCAUGUCAAAAAUGUUAUAAAUUAAUUUGCAUUUUAAUGAGGGAAAUAAGUAUUUGACCCCUCUGCAAAACAUUACUUAGUACUUGGUGGCAAAACCCUUGUUGGCAAUCACAGAGGUCAGACGUUUCUUGUAGUUGGCCACCAGGUUUGCACACAUCUCAGGAGGGAUUUUGUUCCACUCCUCUUUGCAGAUCUUCUCCAAGUCAUUAAGGUUUCGAGGCUGACGUUUGGCAACUCUAACCUUCAGCUCCCUCCACAUAUUUUCUAUGGGAUUAAGGUCUGGAGACUGGCUAGGCCACUCCAGGACCUUAAUGUGCUUCUUCUUGAGCCACUCCUUUGUUGCCUUGGCCGUGUGUUUUGGGUCAUUGUCAUGCUGGAAUACCCAACCACGACCCAUUUUCAAUGCCCUGGCUGAGGGAAGGUGGUUCUCACCCAAGAUUUGACGGUACAUGGCCCCGUCCAUCGUCCCUUUGAUGCGGUGAAGUUGUCCUGUCCCCUUAGCAGAAAAACACCCCCAAAGCAUAAUGUUUCCACCUCCAUGUUUGACGGUGGGGAUGGUGUUCUUGGGGUCAUAGGCAGCAUUCCUCCUCCUCCAAACACGGCGAGUUGAGUUGAUGCCAAAGAGCUUGAUUUUGGUCUCAUCUGACCACAACACUUUCACCCAGUUCUCCUCUGAAUCAUUCAGAUGUUCAUUGGCAAACUUCAGACGGCCCUGUAUAUGUGCUUUCUUGAGCAGGGGGACCUUGCGGGCGCUGCAGGAUUUCAGUCCUUCACGGCUUAGUGUGUUACCAAUUGUUUUCUUGGUGACUAUGGUCCCAGCUGCCUUGAGAUCAUUGACAAGAUCCUCCCGUGUAGUUCUGGGCUGAUUCCUCACCGUUCUCAUGAUCAUUGCAACUCCACGAGGUGAGAUCUUGCAUGGAGCCCCAGGCCGAAGGAGAUUGACAGUUAUUUUGUGUUUCUUCCAUUUGCGAAUAAUCGCACCAACUGUUGUCACCUUCUCACCAAGCUGCUUGGCGAUGGUCUUAUAGCCCAUUCCAGCCUUGUGUAGGUCUACAAUCUUGUCCCUGACAUCCUUGGAGAGCUCUUUGGUCUUGGCCAUGGUGGAAAGUUUGUAAUCUGAUUCAUUGAUUGCUUCUGUGGACAGGACUCUUUUAUACAGGUAACAAGCUGAGAUUAGGAGCACUCCCUUUAAGAGUGUGCUCCUAAUCUCAGCUCGUUACCUGUAUAAAAGACACCUGGGAGCCAGACAUCUUUCUGAUUGAGAGGGGGUCAAAUACUUAUUUCCCUCAUUUUAAAAUGCAAAUCAAUUUAUAACAUUUUUGACAUGCGUUUUUCUGGAUUUUGUUGUUGUUAUUCUGUCUCUCACUGUUCAAAUAAACCUACCAUUAAAAUUAUAGACUGAUCAUUUCUUUGUCAGUGGGCAAACUUACAAAAUCAGCAGGGGAUCAAAUACUUUUUUUCCCUCACUGUAACACACACACACAUAAUCCACCUCUGACAUACACCAUACAACUGCUCCUACUACGCUCACUUCAAAGAACCACUUAGGCUUACCACUCAACCCCAGUAAAGUUAUUUUCACCCUUUUUCCUUUUUUCUUUCGGUUUAACUUUGUGCUAUGUUUCUUGCUCUUUCUCUCUUGCUUGUUCACUCUCACCAGCUCUCUCCACAGUCCAGUGGAGAGAGUGUAUCCCCAUGCCCUCCCCCCCAGCCUCAGCCUGAGAUAAAGGUGAACCAUGAAACCUCUCUCACCCCUCCCUCUGACACUGACCCCCCUGUGGAGGAUGAGCCCCCUGCCCACCAUACGUUAAAGGUGGCCAUCCCCCAGGUGGAAACCUUUGUCAUCGAGUCAGAGGAGGGGGGGUACGAUGACGAGGUAGCGCUCGACACUCGGCUCACCCAGCUGACUCUUCUUUGGUGUGCUAAAAAGUAUCUUGCCUGUUUGGUGAUUAGGAUGAGGAGAUUUUCUCCUCUUGUCUCUACUAUAGGCUUUUCACACCUGAGUAAAUCUUAAUUCAGAGUAGUUUUCAAACAAGAGUCAUGGUUAGCUCAGGACAGUUGGCAUUUUCAACCAAACGUCUUGGCAGACUAAGAUAGGGUGCUAUAUUAGACUACAGCCAGUGUACUAUCCUAGAAGAUGAAACUAGCCUUGGGCUAGCUUUAAAAACAUAGUGUGUGAAAAGCCUAUCCCUGUCAAGCCUACUUGCAUUUUGCAACAGAAGCACUCUACUCUACACAGAAGCCUUCGGUUCUCAUCAGAGAUAUUUGUACAGAAACUUCACCUAAACAUCGACUCAGUUGUCUAGAGUGUUUAUUUUUGCUGCAGAGAAAUAAACUGCAGCUCAGCAGCAAAUGUGAAAAGUAAAUGUGAUUUGCACAGUUAUGUCUUACUAUUUAUAACAUCCUUUUUGAUUCAUACAAAUAUGUAUCAUAUAAAAACCCUUUGGGAGGGGAAAAAUACAAGCUUAAUGUAACUGCAUCGUCUCACUGAUCCUAUCAAUAAAUUAGUUGGUUUUGUAAUAAUGUUGUCAAAGUGCUGUAGUAGAAUCAAUGUUGUUUAGUUUCUAUGCCCUUAAAUAGACCAAAGACUGUCUGCUUGCUGUACCACACUAGGACUUUCUACAGGGCUGUCUGUAGGGACUGUCUUUACAAUAAGGACCUCUACCUUCACAGGGCUGCCUUUCACAGAGACUGUCCUUCACAUGACAAUGUAUUUUAAAGCAUCCAUUGUGUCCUUCACAUGACGGGUUGUGUGUGUACCUCACAGUAGUGGAGUGACUCUAACAUAUGCAUGGUCUGCUGACUGUUAUACGCUAUGCCCAGGACAGCUCACAUAGGGCUGUACCAGAAAGGUGUAUUAUUUUGGGGGCUUGCUGGGCUCGUUCCAUUCUAAGGGGAUUUAUUUUCUACUGUUGUAACAUGCUUCCACUCCUUGGGUACUGCAGGCCAUGAUGACUCCAAACAUGCAGGGUAUUAUAAUGUCCAUUGGCAAAGCAAGGACUGUGUUUGAAGAGCUUGGGCCUGAAGCGGCCUUCUUCAAGGUACAUCCCGAUCUCAUCUCUUUUCUCUUUCUCUCUCACACCUUUAUUCACUCCUUCUCUGAUGCUGUACUUCUACUGCAUUCCUCUCAACAACCAUCCUCCCAUCCCGUUUUACCUGGCAUUCCUCAGUUCUGUGUUCUCUUUUUGAGUCAGUUGUUCUCAUCAAAAGCAUCCUCCAGAAAUGGGACUUGGUGUCACAUAGACAAUGAGGUUCAUUUGAAGAAAGAGAACUUGAAUCAACUCUUUGAGUUUUGUUUACAAGGAUAAGGAGGAUGAUCUUGACAACUCUUACGUGGAAGAGGAUGGUUUUGUCUCCUGCUGCUGCAGAUGUUUAUCAGUGUUCUAAUCUAGGCCUACACUCUGAAGUGCUAAUGUUAGCUUGGUCUAUCAAAGUCCAUUCACCGCAUGCUCUAUCUGUGUGUCUCAGGCCAUUAAGGUGGAGUACACCCGUCUGCUGAGGUUUGCCCAGGAGGACACAGCCCCGGAGAACGACUACCGACUGCAGCACGUCAUCGUCUACUUCAUCCAGAACCAGGCCCCCAAGAAGAUCCUGGAGAGAACCCUCCUCAUGCAGUUUGCCGACAGAAACCUGGGCUUUGACGAACGGUAUUUAUGGGUUACACCACCAAAACGUGUUUCCUGUAACUCCUAUUUGAAUGAUGAGUUUGUCUCAUCUUUCUUUGAUAAAAAGGAAAACACCAGUUUAUUACCUCUGAACUUCACAAAUUCACCAGCAGAGGGUAGUCAUAAUCCAUUUUCAUCAGUGAAUUGAUUUUUCUCUAUUCUGAGCAGGUAUAAUUAAGCAAUAAAGCCUGAGGGGCUGUGGUAUAUGGCCAAUAUACCACAGUUUAGGGCUGUUCUUAGGUACAACACUGAGUGCCUGGAUACAUCACUUAGCCGUGGUAUAUUGGCCAUACACCACAAACCCGAGGUGCCUAAUUGCUAUUAUAAACUGGUUACCAACGUAAUUUGAACAGUAAAAAUAAAUGUUUUGUCAUACCCAUAGUAUACAGUCUUAUAAUGUCUGAUAUACCACAGCUUUCAGCCAAUCAGCAUCCAGGAGUCAAACUACCCGGUUUUAAUACGAUUUCUGUGUUGCAUGUGGCCUCAAUAAGAAGCUCUGGAGAGGAGGAGUGUGUGGUUCAGUAGUAGUGUUUCUCUGCAGUAAGCAGUGAUUCAUGGGGCCUGUGUGUCGCAGCCCCAGGACCACUGUGUACUGGUUCAUCUCCUGGAGUAGCUAGUAACUCACCAGUAUGAUUCAUCAUACCAACAGCACUCUCUCUACCUUACUCUCCUCUUUCCACUCACUUUCUCUCUUUCACUUUCCCUUUCUUUCCAUUCCCCCCCCCCCCCCCCAUCUCUCUCUCAGGUGUAAGAGCAUUAUGAAGGUGGCCCGUGCCAAACUAGAUCUCAUUAAGCCAGAGGAGAUCAACAUGGAGGAGUAUGAGGUCAGCAUUCUGAAACACUCUGGUUUUGACUGAUUUACAAUGUUUUGUCUGGAACAUCUUAUUCAGGAUGUUUUGACAGUUGAAAUGAAACAGAAUAAACUAGUAUUAGAAUUGUUUACAUUUGAGUAUAAGGUUUAAAUCAUUACAAUCUCUAAAUUGUAACUGACCCAACUAACCUCUGCUAUGGAUAAUCCAAUGGGGAAAAUGUAAUUACGCUUUUAUGUACUAACAGUUAGAUCCAAAUGUUAUAGAUCUGUCCUUAAAAUCCUUUCAAGCUCUUUCUCGUGAACUCUGUUCCCUACAAUGUUCACAGAUGUGGCAUCAGGACUACAGGAAUUUCCGCGAGACAACAAUCUUCCUGAUGAUUGGUUUGGAGCUGUUCCAGAAGAGAAGGUGAGACUGCCAAUUGGCUGGACUGUUGUCACGUUCUUCUCUUCACGACCCAGAGCUUUUAUUUCCAAUCUUACUGCAAACAAAUGGGAACUCACAUUGCCCAACCAUUUCAGUAUAGAAUACAUUUAAAAUCUAGAUUAAAAUACUCUCUAGAUUAUUGCAUUAUUAGUAGAAGCACCUGAUAGUGCAGCUUUGUUAAGCAUGUGAACUUCCUAAAGUCACCUGUAGAGGGAAGCAGGUCCUUUAACAUCCCCCUAUCCUUAUGUCUGGAUCUCAGUCAGUCUGGCAUAGAUCAAGAUGGUUGUUCAUGUACUUGGUUAAUUCCUCAGUUUCUUCUGUUAAUUCUCCCUCCAAUACAUCUGUUUUAAAUCCUCUUAAUGAAAAAGGCCUGACUGUUCCUACUCUACUAUCCCUUGUAGACACAGCUAAACCUGAUUUUAGAUCUCCUCUGCCUCUCUAUGGUAGCAUUUACACAGGCAGCCCAAUUUUGACUUUUUGUUCCACUUUUUUGACCAAUCAGAUCAGCUCUGAAAAAGAUGUGAAAAGAUCUGAUGUGAUUGGUCAAAAGACCAAUUAGUGGAAACAAUCAUUAUUGGGCUGCCUGUGUAAACGCAGCCCUUGUGGUUAAGUUUGUUGCACCCUGAUGCUACUAUAAUGUAUCUGACUGUGUCUGUUUCUCUGUAGCUUUGUGGAGGCCUUGAUGUACCUGAUCUAUUCAUACCAGUACAACAGAGAGCUGUUGGUCAAAGGGCUGUACCGAGGUCACGACGAUGAGCUCAUAGGGCUCUACCGGAGAGAGUGCCUGCUGGUGAGACAACCCUCCCCUGACAUCACUCACAAUCAUACAACAACUGAACCACUGUACUAUUGGAAGUGUCUGUCAAUUGACCUUAUGUAGUUAGUUCAUGUAAGAUGCGGUAUGAUUUUCUUAUGCUGCAGCAGAUUUAGCAUUUGGUACAUAACAAAGUUUCAGCCUAAAUGUAAAGAAAGUGAUCAAAGUUAGUCCAUUGUGUUUCAAAGAUCAUCACAUGUUUCCAAUCAAAUCAAUAGGUCACAGUGGAAGUAGUUCAAGUCAUUCUCUUUGAAGAAUUAAUACCACUAUCCUCUGUCUCAUCAUCAGCAAGUCUCUCGGUCUCUGACCUCCUAACUCAUCUAUGCCAUCCUGCUAUUCACAGUGACUAAUGUUGAACCCUCCACCCCAUAAUCUCUAGAAUUGAUGCAGGGCUUGUUCCUGUUCUAGCUGAGAUAUUACAUUGCCUUUUUUAUUGCCCAUAAAGAUCCAACAUAAUUUUUCUCAGCAGAUGCUACAGUGUCUUCAGAAAGUAUUCACACCCCUUGACCUUUUCCAAUGCCUCGCAAAGAAGGGUUUUAUUGGUAGAUGUGUUAAAAAAUAAAGCAGACAUUGAAUAUCCCUUUGGGCAUAGUGAUGUUAUUAAUUACCCUUUGGCUGGUGUAUCAAUACGUCCAGUCACUAUAAAGAUACAGGUGUCCUUCCUAACUCAGUUGCCGGAGAGGAAGGAAACCGCUCAGGAAUUUCACCAUAAGGCCAAUGGUGACUUUAAAACAGUUACAGAAUGUAAUGGCUGUGAUAGGAGAAAACUGAGAAUGGAUCAACAACAUUGUAGUUACUCCACAAUACUAACCUAAAUUACAGAGUGAAAAGAAGGGGGCCUGCAUCCUGUUUGCAAUAAGGCACUAAAGUAAAACUGCAAAAAAUGUGGCAAAGAAAUUCACUUUAUGUCCAGAAUACAAAGUGUUAUGUUUGGGAAAAUCCAACACAACACAUCAUGAGUACCACUCUUAAUAUUUUCAAGCAUGGUGGUGGCUGCAUCAUGUUAUGGGUAUCGGCAAGGACUAGGGAGUUUUUUAGGAUAUAAAGAAACAGAAUAGAGCUAAGCUCAGACAAACUCCUAGAGGAAAACCUGGUUCUGUCUGCUUUCCAACAGACACUGGGAGACAAAUACACCUUUCAGCAGAACAAUAACCUAAAACACAAGGCCAAAUAUACACUGGUGUUGCUUACCAGGACGACAUUGAAUGUUCCUUAGUGGCUUAGUUACAGUUUUGACUUAAAUCGGCUUGAAAAUAUAUGGCAAGACUUCAAAAUGAUCAACAGCCAAAGCUUGAAGAGUUUAAAAAAGUUUUUAAAAGGAUAAUGUACAAAUAUUGUACAUUCCAGGUGUGCAAAGCUCUUAGAGACCUACCCAAAAAGACUCCCAGAUGUAAUCGCUGCCAAAGGUGAUUCUAACAUGUAUUGACUUAGGGGUAUGAAUACUUAAGUAAAUGACAUAUUUCUGUAUUUCAUUUUCAAUAAAUGUGCAGAAAUGUCUAAAAACAUAUUUUCACUUUGUCAUUAUGGGGUAUUGUGUGUAGAUGUGAGAAAAUAAAUAUAUUUAAUCCAUUUUGAAUUCAGGCUGUAACAAGUCAAGGGGUAUGAAUACUUUCUGAAGCCACUGUAUUUGUUUGGAGGAAAAAUCCAUUCAAUAUUCUGAUCAGACCACAGUUUCAUUUUGUUUACUAUCCCAUCUCCAAGCUGUGCUCUGGUUCUAUCUGUUAGGGCAUAGAGGGAAUGAUUCCCCGGUCGGUCGGAUCAGGCUGUGACUGGUCUUGUCUGAACCGAGAGAGGGAGAGGAACCCUGUUCCUCCUCGUCGGCCCUGUUGCUGCUCCUGCACUCAGUAACCUUACACCAGCAUUGUGCUCCUAAUGUAAUCAUCCGAGUGGGAAUAGGAAGCAGGAGGCCCAGCGAGUGUAAACACAUUACCGUGAGACACGGCCGUGUCCUGAGCUAACCUCUGCUCUGCUCCGUCAGGGCUCUGUUACAGUUAGAGUUAUAGCCACCAUCUCAGAUCUCUGGCCAGAACAAACCCCUGGCUCCCUGCUCGGUCCCACUCUCUCCAGCCCCGCUGUUUACCUUCUGCCCUGUUUUAAUUGAAAACACUGCUAACAUUGACACAGUUAAUGUACUGGGAUGUUGUUUGUGAAUCCCCACCUAGUCCGGAGUGGCCGCCUGCGUCUGUGUAAGGUAUUUUCCACAGCUAAGGUCAGGGAGUUUGUGUCUGCAGCAGAGCAGGACUUAGCUAAGGAGAACAGAGCGAAGUGUCUGCAUCAUCUUGUACGUCACUGCCCACGUCAGUAACACAGGCCUUGAAAACAUCCUCUGACGUUGACAGUGUUAAUAGAUGACUACCAGAUAGUGGUAAUGCAAAUGGUCUGAGACUUACCUGGGCUGCAGCCUUUCAUACAGAGGUGGUCUCUAAUGUAAAGACAUAUACAAUAGCAAUAUAUGAAAAGUAAUACCUGGCUGUCCUGUAAGUCUGUUUUGACAGAGUAGCUAAUACUGGUACAUUUGUUAGAAUACCACUUGAAGCUAAUCCCUAAGUCAUCGAUCUAUAUGUAUGUGCUUUGCCUAUAGAAACUGAAUGAGAAUGCGGCGGGGAUGUUUGAGUCUGGUGAGGAGCCGGAGGUGAGCAACGGCUUGAGCAUCAUGAAUGAACUGGUCGUGCCGUGCAUCCCCCUACUGCUGGUCCACGACACAGAGAAGGACCUGCUGUCUGUGGAGGACAUGAGGAACCGCUGGUGCUCCUACCUGGGACAAGAGAUGGAGCGUGAGUUUGUUUGUUUUAGGGCUGACCCCAUUUAGUCAAUUGUUUGGUGGAUAGACUGUUGGUCAACUGAGAUUUUUUUUUGUCGAGCAGUCUAAAAUAUACACUACCGUUCAAAAGUUUGGGGUCACUUAGAAAUGUCCUUGUUUUUGAAAGAAAAGCAAUUUUUUUGUCCAUUAAAAUAACAUCAAAUUGAUCAGAAAUACAGUGUAGACGUUGUUAAUGUUGUAAAUGGUUAUUGUAGCUGGAAACGGCUGAUCUUUAAUGGAAUAUCUACAUAGCCGUACAGAGGCCCAUUUAUCAGCAACCAUCAGUCCUGUGUUCCAAUGGCACGUUGUGUUUGCUAAUCCAAGUUUAUCAUUUUAAAAGGCUAAUUGAUCAUUAGAAAACCCUUUUGCAAUUAUGUUAGCACAGCUGAAAACUGUUGUGCUGAUUUAAAGAAGCAAUAAAACUGGCCUUCUUGAGACUAGUUGAGUAUCUGGAGCAUCAGCAAUUGUGGGUUCGAUUACAGGCUCAAAAUGGCCAGAAACAAAUAACUUUCUUCUGAAACUCGUCAGUCUAUUCUUGUUCUGAGAAAUGAAGGCUAUUCCAUGCGAGAAAUUGCCAAGAAACUGAAGAUCUUGUACAACGCUGUGUACUACUCCCUUCACAGAACAGCACAAACUGGCUCUAACACAAUAGAAAGAGGAGUGGGAGGCCCCGGUGCACAACUAGUUUGAGAAACAGAUGCCUCACAGGUCCUCAACUGGCAGCUUCAUUUAAAUAGUACCUGCAAAACACCAGUCUCAACGUCAACAGUGAAGAGGCAACUCCGGGAUGCUGACCUUCUAGGCAGAGUUGCAAAGAAAAAGCCAUAUCUCAUGCUCAUCUUAAUCUUUUCUUUUUAUUGGCCAGUCUGAGAUAUGGAUUUUUCUUUGCAACUCUGCCUAGAAGGUCAGCAUAGUUUUAUUGCUUCUUUAAUCAGCACAACAGUUUUCAGCUGUGCUAACAUAAUUGCAAAAGGGUUUUCUGAUGAUCAAUUAGCCUUUUAAAAUGAUAAACUUGGAUUAGCAAACACAACGUGCCAUUGGAACACAGGACUGAUGGUUGCUGAUAAUGGGCCUCUGUACGGCUAUGUAGAUAUUCCAUUAGAAAUCAGUCGUUUCCAGCUACAAUAGCCAUUUACAACAUUAACAAUGUCUACACUAUUUCUGAUCAAUUUGAUGUUAUUUUAAUGGACAAAAAAAUUGCUUUUAUUUUGAAAACAAGGACAUUUCCAAGUGACCCCAAACUUUUGAACGGUAGUGUAUAUAUAUUUUUUAUGGCACAUGAGACUCUGAUUCACUCCUGUCUCAAUGGACUAAUCCAUUCGGAGGCCGCGGGGAUGGCACACCAGUAGUACAAUUUCCGUUAAUUCACAUAAUUUCUAAUCUAUAAUGUUUGGUUACAGUCAUUUCUGUUAAUGUAUUAAAUAUAUAAUUAUCACUUUUACCGUUCUCAUUGUCGGAGUGGACACGUUGUUUGCGGUAAAAACACUUGUGAGGAACAAGUUUUGGGACAAGAGUGUGUGGUCCUGUGUGGCUCAGCUGGUAGAGCAUGGCACUUGCAACGCCAGGGUUGUGGGUUCGAUUCCCGUGGGGGACCAGUACGAACAAAUAUGAACAUGUAUGCACUCACUACUGUAAGUCGCUCUGGAUAAGAGCGUCUGCUAAAUGACUGAAAUGUAAAUGUUUAUUUCAUUCCAUUUAGUUUCUUGGCUUUCUUGAUCUCUGUCAGUUUAUUAAUUGUCGUUUGUUUGUAACGCUCCUGUUUAAUGUUGAUUUAAGGAUACACACACUGAUUAUACGUAGAAGUAGGCCUAUACAAAUGCAGGCCUAUACAUGUGCCCAUUUGGGGAUCUGAUAGUAUUUCAGAUUGUCUUAACCCACCACCACUGUGGAACUUCUCAAACAAUUUUUCCCCCCACCUCAAACAGCAAGUUAACAAAAUCUGUUUUACAUCCAUUGAGAAUGACAAUAGUUCCUCAACAAAGCCUAUUUGAAAAAUCUUUCCAGCUCUCUUUCGAUAACCACUCAGCGUGAAAUGGGGAAAAAAAUUGUCAUGCUCUGAUCCAGUGGAAAGGCCAUAUGUCUGUCCAGAGCUCAGUGUAUUGGGAAACUCUGGGGGCCCAGAAUAUUUUAUACAAUGUUGCAAGUUUGCUAGCACUAGCUUCAGGCCGGACCCAAGUUAAUAGUUGAUACCAGGGGCGCAACUUUGGUUUUAGAAGUGGGGGGGGGACAUAGUUAUUAUUAUUUAAGAAAAAAUAUCCAGUCGGAUAAUCACUCCAAACUGCCUACCCGACUGCUCAAAGACGUCCGCACGGUCCUAAAGCACACCGUUGCCUCGUUUUGUAUCACAUUCCAAUGAUAAAACUGGGGCAGACAAAAAUGUAAUUUCAGAAUGUGGGGAGGACAUGUCCCCCCCGUCCCCAGUGAACGUUGCGCCUCUGGUUGAUACAAUGUUUCAAGUUCCUUGCAGACAGGCCAUGCGUAGUCAAUGUGAUUUACAUUUUACAUUUUAGUCAUUUAGCAGACGCUCUUAUCCAGAGCGACUUACAGGAGCAAUUAGGGUUAAGUGCCUUGCUCAAGGGCACAUCGACAGAUUUUUCACCUAGUCGGCUCGGGGAUUAGAACCAGCGACCUUUCGGUUACUGGCACAACGCUCUUAACCACUAAGCCACCUGCCGCCCCAGAUUUAUAGGAUAUUUAUUUUAUCAGGAUAUUUUUUACCUGCAGGCUGCAAUGUUUUUAUUUGUUGGCUUUAUGUAGGCUAUUUUUUACAUAGUUGGCAAUAGCAAUAGAAGUUACUUUUACAAUUUUGAUUAACCAUAUGAUAAUGAUUUUGAGAUACGAAACCUUUAUUAUAAAUUAAAUGAAACUGUUCCACGAAAAUGUGCAAAUAAAAAUCAUAACUGGCACACAGAUCGGUAGAAAUGGUAAGAUAAAUUGGCACUCCAAAUGGAAAAGGUUGCCGACCCCUGGUGUAGCCUACAGUAUUAGGAACGUAACAGCAGAAUCUGCAAAGGCCAGCAGCAGUGGGAGGAAGAGCGUCGGGAACAGGAUUUUCUUCUGCUUUCUUGAUCUCUGGCUCCCUCAAGUCAUUUGUGUUUCUUAAUUAUUUAUUCACAUUGUGCUUAAAGCAUGAGACAAGCUCAGUAGCCUACAUAUAGUUGAUUUUAUUCAAACACAUAGGGUGUGUCUAUAUAGGGAAAAAUACACGUUUUAACAUGGAUUGGUCAAAAGAACCGACAACUCUAGGUCGGGGACAGCUCUAGUGUGUUUGUUUAUUUGCAUCUCUUUUAGCCCAUAUUAAACGCUUAAGGGGCUGAUCUUCCAAGAGUCCAUAAAAGUCCAAUGACCGAGGGAACUAAGAGCAUUUUCACACUACUGAGCCGAGCUGUGUACUGUGCUGACCUGGUUAGGCAGCCUCCGUAGUUGCUUGAAUCAUGCUGCAAUAUGAAAAUAACAUAUCCGAGGCAGCACAGUAUUGUUUGGGUUGGCACAAUAGUGUGAAAGGGGUACAAGAGCCUAGAGGGCCAGGGGGGAUAGAUUUGUGGUACUGGAGAUCUACUGGAUGUUUGGUUGUUUUUCUGCUCUAGUUUAAUUUGGAAGGUACAUGAAACGUGGUCAGGGACAUGGUCAAAAUAGUUGAUAUUAGCAGUCAGACCAGCCAAGCCAUAACAACCAAGGAAAUACCCACUUUGUGUUGGCAGAAUUUGACCCAAAUUGUUAGUUCAGAGAAAUGGUUCAGUUGAGUCCUAGCCUCUGCUCCAGGAAAAAGUUAGAUUGGGUUCAGAAAACUGACCAAGCAGCAUCUUCUUAGAACAACAACCAACUAGGGCCUCUUUCAUUUUAUUUUCUCAAUCUGUGUUUUCCUAGAGGAGCAUGCUUACCAAGAGCUUGUGCUAUCACAGUGAAAAUAUUUAGCUUAUGAUUUCUGUUUGGUAACUGGAUGUGACUCUGGAGAGUGACACAAGCAAGGACAUUGAAAUAAUCAAAAUUUUUCUGUCUGACAUCUCUCCGUCAUUGUUUUCCCCCUCCUGCUGCAGCCAACCUUCAGGAGAAGCUGACGGACUUCCUCCCCAAGUUACUCGACUGCUCGACAGAGAUCAAAAGCUUCCGCGACCCUCCCAAGCUGCCCACCUACUCCACCCUGGAGCUGGUUGAGCGCUACGGCCGUGUCAUGGCCUCCCUGAGCCGGGUGCCUGCAGACGGGAGAUGAGCUGAGGGGGCAGCAGCCCCACGGCCCUAUACGGCCCCCCAGGGCACUCACCCAUGGAUGUCUCUUUUAACCCAUGCCUUCCUUAUAAACCAGGGGUCGCUCGCCGUUACUCCUCUGUUUCUCUUUUGCUGCUAAAGGUUUUAUCAUUAUAAUAAUUAUUAUUUUAAUUAUUUUUUAAGCAAAACGCAACAGAAAAAUUCAUGAAUGAACGGACAGUUGGAGAAGGAAAAAGUGGAGUGGGGGAAGUAGUGAAAAUG